CCAAAAAGCUCCAUGAAGAUGAAACCCCAACAGCUGACCUUCACUGUCAGUGGAGAGGGGCACGUGCCUCAGGUGACAGUCGAGCGCCCGGGCCUUCGGAGUAAGAGAGGAACCCCUGUGCUGCGCUUCAGGAGGCUCCUGCUGGGGGAUUCACAGACACUCCCCCUGGUCCUUCGUAACAAUGGCAUCAUACCCACAAAGUUCACAGUUCAUAUCAUGGACGACAAGGGAGUUUUCUUUAUGAAAGGCAGGCAGUCCGCACUCCGUGCCUUCCACAUUGCAGACAUGGAAAAGGACUCCACUGGAAAAGCCAAGAAGCGUCCCGAGAAGCCUUACCUGCUCCUGGAACACGGGCAAUCAGCAGAGUUUGACGUGUUUUUCAAACCCACCCUGGCCCAACGUCUGAAAGGGAAGAUCCGUGUGCCAGUGUCAGGCAACAGUGAGAUCGACAUAGAGCUGGUGGGUGAAGGCCACAAUGAUGACUUCACCCUUGAUAACCUCCCUGGACUAGCAGAAGACAGCCAGGAGAGCAAUGCUGAGGGCAAUCUGGAGGACGACAUCAUUGAGGCUGUCAGAGCGAAUCACAUAAAGUUUGGGGAGUGUGCAGUCGGGGAGCUCUGCGACAAGACCUUCACAGUCACCAACCGCAGCAAGGAGGAGGUGAUGUGGUUUGAGUGGCUGCUGGCAGAUGCCCCGUUCCAGUUCUCCCCCAAGGUGGGACACCUCCAGCCUGGCUGUGCCAAGAAUAUCAGAGUGACCUUGAAAUCCAAGGUCCCGGUCACCAUCAAAAGGCCCUCUGUGAACUGUAAGGUGGCCAAGAUCAAAUACCAGCUGCCACCAGAGGAGGUUUACGACUGGGACGACAGAAUGCGCACUGAGAAGUGGGAGGAUACCACCGAGAGACUCCCGGGAGCCCGCUGGCCUUUGAAGCGGAGGGUGGUCAAGGCAGUCCCGGAACCACCUCACACCAUCGUGGAGAGGAGCAGCCACGAGGUCGAGCUUGUCCUCAGUGCUCAGGUUGACUACGCCGAGUUCAAACUGGACACGGUCGAGGUUCAGCUGAAGCAGACUGAGCUCUUCCAGACAGAGAUAAGCACUUUCCGGAUGUCCAAUACAGGGAAUGUAGCCCUGAAAUACUGCUGGGAGGAGAAUCUGGAGGAGGAAAUACCAUCAAAGAGUUCUGGGAGGCUGUUCUCGUCCACUCAGACACGGACCUGCAGCCCGUGGAGAGGGAAGCCCAGGCUGGAGCAGGUUUUUCCCAGGUAGGACUCAUGGCCCCUGUGGGGGACCCACACCGGUACAGCUCAUCCGUGAGGGACUGACCCCAUGGAGGAGUGACCCACGGGACAGCAGGUUGGGAAGAGCUGCUGCCCGAGGGAUGGACUCACG